CUGGCGUGCUGGUCACGUCCCUGCAAGCCUCAGCGCAGUGCUGACGCACCCCGCACCCUCGCACCCCUAGAUGCCAGUGUCUGAAGCAGCUAGCGCUGACUGAGCUCUCAACGUUGCAAACUUCCAGGAGUUUGUUCGAUAUGCUCUUGCGCUUUUGGCGCCCUUGUGCAGGCUUUUGCUGUCGUGCAUUUUGGUGAUCAGCGAGCGUGAGAGAUUGAGCUGUUAGCGCGUUACCGCUAGAGUAGACAUGGAGUUCUUGAGGAGGUGUUCUCGUCUGACGCGAUUUGAGGAGGACUUAGUUGCUCAGGGUAGGAGGUUGGUAGGAGAGGCUUUUGCUCUUGGAGAGAGGAUAGCAUUCCAGGUCUCCAGAGCCACCGGAGACGCUGUUGUUGAGGGAUGCGAGUCCAUCUUCUCUCCUUCCCCUCUCUCGCAGUCUCCUCUUCUUGCUACUAGCCAGGAUGUCGAGGUUCUCGCAAGCAGCGCCCUUCUCCAGGAGCAGCACACUUGCGAGGUGACCUGCGACGAGGGUCAGGGGCCUGAGCAGACUCAGGAUGGUUCUUUCGACCUGGUCCCUGACUCCUCAUCCUCAGCUCUUCCUGUUCUGGCUGGCGCUCCCCCCUCGUUGCCCCCUCUUUCCAGCAGCCAGGACCUCUCCGCUCACAGCCCCCAGCUCGCUGAUCAGCAGAUACCCCGAGAGGACACAGCAGAUGCGCAGGGACCUGAACAAAAAAAGGAAGCGUUUGAUGAUAUGGUCCCUGCUGCUCUUGACUACGAGCUUGUUUCCUCUGUGCUGCACGCGAGCGAUGUCCUGUCCAGUCUGCAUGAGCGGGUUCUGUGUGGGGCCACUGAGGGGGCACUGCCUGUGGGUGGGGAAGAGAAUUUUGAGGGGAAGGAGGGCUCAGGCAGUGGGAGGACUCAGGAGGUACUUUUGAGCGGGGCAGCCUGCCACAGCGAGGAGGUAGAGGGGGUGGAGGUGGAUCAGAGGGCUGGGGCUGUGGGUGCUCUUGUGUCAGGCAGUACGAUUCUGGAUCUCGACAUACACUGCCUGACCAAGAUACUCUCUCACUUGCGAAACUCCUCCAUCCGGGCGUGCUCUCUGGUGUGUCGCGAGUGGCUCGACGCUUCCAACUACGCUAGAAACACCCUGGUCUUGCAAGGACAGCCCCGAGUUGCCUCCCUUCCUAGGAUUCUCUUGCGCUUCGCUGACCUGCGCUUUGUUCAGCUCACGGACACUGGAAAAGGCUUAGAGCUCCAGGGGACUGUGCCAGCUUGCCUGAGUGAUGCGUCGCUGGCUUUGCUGGCAAAGAGCUGCCCCCAUUUGUUCCGUUUGACUCUGGUCCGCUGCGGUGUCGUCUCAGAUGAGGGGCUGGCUACUGUUCUGAGGCGGUGUCCAGAGCUGACAACGCUGCGCAUGGACCACUGCGAGGGGUUCAGCGGGGCAGCGUUUGAGGGGGUCCAGUGUCCAAUCGAGCAGCUCGACGUGCAUUACUGCAGUGGGCUGACGGAUGCUGGUGUUGGGGCAGUAGCAUCGGCAUGCCCCAAGCUCCGGCACUUCACAGUCAGGAGGGAGGGGCAGGUUACCGAUUUGGCCGCUGGCUUCGAGAAGGUGGCAUUGCUCUGCCCCAGCCUAGAAAAGCUUACUGCCAUAGCUUGCGGCAUCACUGAUACCACCCUGCGACGCUUUGCUGGAAACUGCCCCCUGCUGGCUGACAUUCGCAUCGUGAGCGAGCCGGGCAUCACCGACGGCGGGGUUGCGAUCCUCCGGUGUCGCCUGCGUCGUCUUGAUCAUCUUACUUUAUUAGACAACAGUCAGCUCUGGCAGGUUCCGCGCAGCGGGCGGUACCUGCGGUUGAAAGAAUUGGGCGUUGGCCGGUUUGACCGCGCAACCGAUCAAAUGCUGCAGCAGAUUGCAGAGGAACAGAGCUUGGAAAACUUGCGCAUAGUUAGGUGCCCUGCUUUGACGGAUCGCACCGUUAGAAAGAUAUUGUUCGGGUGCCAUCAACUUAGGAGUCUUCUUAUCGCAAACUGCGAGCUUGUAACCUCAGAGAUUCUAAAAGCUUAUGCAGAAAGCGGUACCAAGGCGCGGGUAGAAAUAAGAGGGUGUAAGGGCGUCCAGAAAGAGAUGUUGCCUGCUGAGGUGCGGCUCUCAGGCAAGGUAGUCAUUGGAUAGAACCAUUGCUAUAUAGGUUAAGAUUCAAUGAUAGAGCGAAGUUAUACAAAGCUUCUCGAUCUUGCGAAGUGUUGUAGACAUAUUUACGUAUUUAUUUUUUGCGACAUUGACACUUGGAGAACCCAGGUUGUACAAUAGAAUGUUGACUAUCAUUAGCAAUAGACUGAAAGGUAGCGCAGGCCUAUAGCAGAAUUGCUUUUCUUACGUGCAGAAAGCUGGCAUCAGUGUGGUUGUGAUUACUCGAGCACUUCGCAACUUAUUUCUGUUUUGUUAUCACGCUAGAGGCAUUUGAACACGUACAUUCAAGGUUACCAUACUUCUCAU